AUGUGUGACAAUCUCCAAGACAUUUCUGGACACAAUCUCCAAGACAUUUCUGGACACAAUCUCCAAGACAUUUCUGGACACAAUCUCCAAGACAUUUCUGGACACAAUCUCCAAGACAUUUCUGGACACAAUCUCCAAGACAUUUCUGGACACAAUCUCCAAGACAUUUCUGGACACAAUCUCCAAGACAUUUCUGGACACAAUCUCCAAGACAUUUCUGGACACAAUCUCCAAGACAUUUCUGGACACAAUAUCCAAGACAUUUCUGGACACAAUCUCCAAGACAUUUCUGGACACAAUCUCCAAGACAUUUCUGGACACAAUCUCCAAGACAUUUCUGGACACAAUAGGUCGAUUUAA